GAGCUCCAGCCCCUCCCGGCGCAGCCUGGGCCCGGGCGCGGGGCGGCGGCAGCUAAACGGAGCGCGGGGCCAGACAAGCACUUCCGGGGCGGCAGAAGCGCUUCCGGGGCGGGCCAAGGCCUCGCUUCCGGCGGCGCCGCGGGGCGGGGCAGGCGCAUGCGCGGGGACGGGACGGGGCCGGGAGCGAGCGGCGGCGGCGGAGACUGAGACUGCCAUGGCUGAGGUGGAAGAAACUCUGAAGCGAAUCCAGAGCCAAAAAGGAGUGCAAGGGAUCAUUGUUGUUAAUUCUGAAGGCAUUCCCAUCAAAAGCACUAUGGACAACUCCACGACCAUUCAGUACGCAGGCCUGAUGCACAGCUUCAUCAUGAAGGCGAGGAGCACCGUGCGAGACAUCGACCCCCAGAACGACCUCACAUUCCUGCGCAUCCGCUCCAAGAAGAACGAGAUCAUGGUGGCACCAGAUAAAGACUACUUCCUGAUUGUCAUCCAGAAUCCAACUGAGUGAUGGCACUGCCUUGGUCUGCUCUUUUUUUUUUUAUAGCCCUUUGCCCAGCUGUUUUAUUUAAUUUAAUGGUAGAGAAUAGAGCAUUUGGUGUUAACUCUGCUAGGCCACUUGGGUACUGUCUGGUAAAAAACCAAAAGCAGGUGGUUUUGUUGUUUGUAAACAGAAACAAAAGGUCUCUGCUUUGAUGGGUUUUGGGGGUUGGUUUUUUAUGUAUGUGUAUUACAAAUCCUUUGGAGGAGCAGUUGGUGAAUUAGAAUUGGGCAGUGAAAACGUGCAGCAGAUUCUUUUAACAGCUGAGAACACAACAAAACUCUGAACAGUGUUCUGGAUAAGAAAAAAGAUUCCUCUUGGUAGGUUCCCAUGCUUCUGGCACCACCAUUUGAGGUGGACUUUAGUACUGACUGUCAAUACCUAUCUUGCCUACCCUCUAGUUCUGCCUCACUCUGUUCCUUGGCUCCUCUGUUCCUAAGUCUGACCAUAUCAAAUUAAAAAGUGUCAUCAGUGA